AUGAGCUCCGGCGGUCCGUCCUCGCAGCAGCCCCUCCACGACCCGUCGCUCCUCCCCGACUACGACACCGAAUUCAUCACUGCCCAAGAUCUCCACCAAUUCGAAAAGGCUCUGACUGCCCCCGAAGUUGAGCCCCUAGUCGCGAUCAACGACUGGCGUCCAAUUCGUCAACGAGUCCGCAGACCGUUUCGCUCUCGCACGACCCAGGCCUCCACAGUCACACGGAGAACGAAGGAUGAAACGCGCGAGGGCUUCUUGUACACCCUGCUAAAAUACCCCUUUCUCGUCACUGUGUUUGCGUGGAUUGCCAUUCUCAGCGUUGUCUAUGUCUUCACUCGACUCUACAUUUAUCUCUACGAGCACUUUGUGACCUGGACCGGUCGGCGGGAGACGUUGCGACGCGCAUUACACUCUACUCAGAACUACGAAGACUGGAAACGGGCAGCACGUACCCUAGAUACCUACCUUGGUAAUGAGAAGUGGAAGGAGAAGGACGAGUAUGCUUACUAUGAUUACCUCACGGUGAGGAAAGUUGUGGAUCAGCUCAGACAGCUGAGGACCCAAAUCGAGAAAGAGGACCAGGCCGAGGGGUCAUCAUCGUCAUCACAGGCCGUCGAAGAUCUUCGAUCACUUCUUGACGCUUGUGUCAAGAACAAUUUCGUGGGCGUCGAAAAUCCGAGACUUUACAGCGAAGCUUACUCUGGCACGAAACAUCUGGUGCAAGAAUACCUCGAUGAAGUACAUUUGUGUCUGCAAUGGCUCCUCAAUACUAGGGAUUUGACCAAGGAAGUGAAAUAUCGUCAUUUUAGACACCUGGACACCAACUUUGGCCGAACUGCUCUGUGUUUAUCUGGCGGGGCGACCUUCGCCUACUACCACUUCGGUGUCGUCAAAGCUCUACUGGACAAUGGAGUUUUGCCGGAGAUCAUCACUGGAACUUCAGGUGGAGCGCUGGUAGCAGCCUUGGUAGCAACAAGGACUAAUCAGGAACUGAAACAAUUGCUCAUUCCUGCACUGGCGUAUCGCAUCAGGGCCUGCCACGAAAACUUUCCAGCAUGGACCAAGCGCUGGUGGCGGACAGGCGCCCGCUUCGACACACUUGACUGGGCUAGACAAUGCAGUUGGUUCACCAGGGGCUCUAUGACCUUCCGGGAAGCCUUUGAGCGUACGGGACGAAUUCUCAAUGUUUCCUGUGUACCAUCAGACCCCCAUUCCCCAACGAUCCUAGCUAAUUACCUAACAUCCCCGGACUGCGUGAUCUGGAGUGCAGUAAUCGCAUCAGCCGCAGUGCCAGGCAUCCUGAAUCCCGUGGUCCUCAUGAAAAAGAAUAAAGACGGCAGCUUAUCCCCUUACUCAUUUGGACACAAAUGGAAAGACGGCAGUCUGCGCACCGACAUUCCAGUGAAAGCGCUCAAUCUCCACUUCAACGUCAACUUCACCAUUGUCUCCCAAGUCAACCCCCACAUCAACCUAUUCUUCUUCAGCUCCCGGGGCUCUGUCGGCCGACCCGUGACGCAUCGCAAAGGUCGCGGCUGGCGAGGCGGAUUCCUGGGUUCUGCCGUGGAACAAUACAUCAAACUCGACCUGAACAAAUGGCUCCGUGUCCUGCGCCAUUUGGAGCUCUUACCGCGGCCGCUAGGUCAAGACUGGAGUCAAAUCUGGCUGCAGCAGUCGUUCAGCGGGACAAUUACAAUCUGGCCGAAAUCAGUUCCCUCUGAUUUCUGGAAUAUCUUAUCCGAUCCCUCACCAGACCGACUGGCACGCAUGCUUCAUGUAGGCCAACAGAGCGCCUUCCCCAAGAUUUCGUUCAUACAGAACCGAAUGGCAAAGAUCGAGAACUUGAUUAUGCAGGGAUUACUGCAGAAUUCUCCUUCUUCCGGGCACAACAGAAUAAAAAACCGCGACGACCUAUCACCUUUACUCUCUCGCCGAUUCGACGAUACUACCACUACUCCUGCUGCCGGCGAUGACAACAAGGGAACAGAACUCGACGAAUCAACCAGAUUACUCUCCUUACCGAACAACAACAAUGACAACAAUACCCCUGCCGACGCUUCGUAUCUGAGUAUACCCGCCGAUCAGCAGAACCAGCAUCAUCGACGAGGCAGCGUCAUGGAUGAAAUGAGACGCCAGUCAGCAGUAUUCUUCGAUGAUUCGGAUGUUUAUGGCGAGGAGAGUGAUGAGAGUGUGCCUGUGGCUACUGAUGCUGAUACUGGCACUGCCAAUGGGGUGUCACAUUUCGGGGAUGAAUGA